CCGGCAACCGUUCUGUACGACGCACGCACACGAACAAGAUGAUGAGCUUGGCGUUCCUGCACGCUCAUGACUGCAGCGAACCUCACUCGGAUGCGAUCUGGGGAACCGUGUGGACCCAGGCUGAUGCAGUUCUAACUGCCUCGGCGGACGGCACUAUCAAACAAUGGGAUCCGGCCUCGGGGCAAGUCUCACGGGCGCAGCCGGCGCAUACACACGGUCUCGUAUCCCUCGACGUCGAUGCGGCGGGCAAGCGCGCUCUGUACAACAGUCUCGAAGGCCUCACCUGUCUGUGGAACUUGGAAAGCGGCGAGGUAGACGGGAGGUUUGAGAGCUAUGUACGAUCCGGGGAGGAGCAGGUCGAACCAUCAUGGUCAGUCUCACUGAGCCCUGACGGACAAACGUAUGCGUCUACGGGUGGCUCAGGCAACGUAACGAUACACUCGGCUGCCCGGGACUCGUUCGGCGAGCGUCGCGAUACGCUCGUCAACGGACGAAGUAAAUUCGGGAUGUUCUGCAAAUACAGCCCGGAUGGAAAGCGCGUCGCCAUGUCAUCUGAGACCGGCCAAAUCUACCUCUAUGACAUCGCCUCAUCCUCUCUCGCGUCGACAUACACAACCCACGCGAUGGCCGUCCGAUCGCUAGCGUGGUCCGCAGACUCUAACCUCCUUAUUUCCGCGUCGGAAGACAAGCGGCUCAUUUUGCAUGACGUUCGCCUCUCGCCGUCUGGAAAGCCAGGCUCCGGUGCAGUCGCGACGUUCUCCGGCCAUUCGUCGUGGGUGCUUAGCGCAGACAUCUCGCCGGACUGCCGCCUAGCGUUGUCAGGGUCCGCUGACAAGUCGAUCAAGGUGUGGGACCUCGCUGCCCGUGCUGUAGUUUCUACCACGCAGGAAACGGGCGAAGUAUGGAGUGUGUCAUGGAGACCACGACAGGCUGCAAACAACGCUGCCGGAGCAUUUGUCUCUGGAGGAGAGGAAGGUGUGGCACGGUGGUAUCGGGCUGCCGGAGCGGCAUAGCGAUGUAAUCAUAGUCUCUUCGCGAGUUCGUUACAGCUAAUCGCAUACCGAUAGACAUCCCGAGGUGUUGUGCAUGCAGACGGACUCCAAAAUGACGCUCGCUUGAGAGCUAAGCGCGAGCCUCCGUAG